AUGGAGGCUACAACGAUCACCGCAACCUGUGCCUGCAAAGCCUUCACCUUCCAGGCCGACUACCCCAACUCUCUCCUCCCUCUGCCCCGCGCCCUCUGCCUUUGCACCAUCUGCCGCCGUCUCUCGGGUUCCUGCGGGAUAUCAUACAUUAUCGUACCCCCUCACCAAACCAUCUCCCCGACUCAGUAUAGUCUCACAGCCUACAAGUCGUCUGACGUGUUAACGCGAUAUUUUUGCUCGACGUGUGGCGCACAUGUUCUUGUGUAUGUCACGCCAAAGAAAGCCUGGCAUCUCUCCACCGGCACAUGGGACCGCACUGAGGGCUUGGUAAAAUGGACGGGCUCCAAGGCGCUUGGUGGCACGCUGGAUGGAGGGAUCUCGGUAUGGCUCAAGGAUAUUGUGGCUUCAGAUUCAGUUGAUGGGACAAAGAGUGAUCUAAAGCGGUGGAUGUCCCAGGAUAUGAGUGGAGAUAUACAACUUGUUCCUGAUACAGCGAUGCGGGCACUACCCGAGCCACCUCGGAAAACGACAAAGUUGAAAGCAGAGUGUCAUUGCGGGGGAGUUAAAUUCUACAUCACUCCGCCUAAUGAAGCUUCGAAGACCGUGCGGUCUCCAUUUCCGGAUCUCAUGGUCCCGUACCACAACUCAACCUCCUCUGCCGUAGAAAAUCCGAAUAACGAGACCUGGUGGCUGAGGGCUGAUGAUACCAAGUACCUCGCGGGAACAUGCACCUGCACAUCUUGUCGUCGUGCUUCCGGAUUCGAGAUCCAGCCAUGGGCAUUUGUGCCGAAGUGCAAUAUCUUCAAGGAAGAUGGGGCCCCGCUAGAAUUCAACUUGGGGACACUCAAGCAGUAUAAGAGCUCGAAAGGCAUCUAUAGGGAAUUUUGUUCCGGGUGCGGGGCAACUGUCUUCUGGCAUUGUGACGAAAGACCCGAGUUGAUUGAUGUCAGUGUUGGACUUCUUGAUCCGGAGCAGGGCGCCCGAGUUGAAGGGUGGCUGGAGUGGUGGCCGGAUAGGGUGAGCUUUUCCGAAAUGGCUGUGAGUAAGAGUCUUGUUGCGAGUCUGGAGGAUGGGUUGAAGGUCUGGAAACAGAAAUACUAA